AUGGAGGCUAUUCGGGAAUUGCGUAUCUCUCAAUCAAACAUGGAAAUACAGAUAAAAAAGAUACUGAAAAGAGAAAUGUCCAGCAACAAAGAGCAAGAUAUUAAGCUCCUUCCAAUACUGGAGAGGAUGCAAUCUGAGAUCACAAAACUGGAAAAAACAGUAACAAAUGCAACCAAAGAAACUCACAAACCUGGGGAAAAAGUAACAAAUUUAACCAAUGAUUGGUCCACAAAAUCAUGUCCAUCAAACUGGGAAAAAUUUGGAUCUUCUUGCUACAAAAUCAUAGCACUGGCGAAGUCGUGGGACAUUGCAAGUAUAAAAUGUCUACAAUACGGUGCAAAAUUGGUCGAGAUAGAGACAAGAGAAGAGAACUAUUUUCUGAAGCAAAAAAUCACCAAUUAUGAUAAAUUAAGAUUGUACUGGAUUGGGGGCACGGAUGAGAUCAUCGAGGGGAGGUUUGUAUGGGCGUCUACCGGACGUUCCCUGACAUUCACGGACUGGAACAAAGGAGAACCCAAUAACGACAAAAGCCAGGAAGACUAUAUUGAAAUCUCCACACAUCCCGACAGAACAGGAAUGUGGAAUGAUAGCAUUUGCUCUCAUGAGUUUUAUUUUAUAUGCGAAAAAAAGCUUUAAAUAUUUCGUUGGAAAAGCUUCUAUAAAUGCAUCCUAGCUUGUCAAUGAGUAUAUACAUAAAACUAUAUGUUAUUCGUUAAGAGUAUUUCAAGUUUAAUAGAUGCUUUUGGAUGACCUAGAAGUAAAGCUGAAAUUAUGGAAAAUAAAUUAUUAUU